CCAACCCCUUGCUUUGUGCAUCACUUUUAUAGGUUCCUGGGUGUCACCCUGGGAACAGACAGCCACUCCUGGUGUCUACUUGGGAAGUUGGCUAGGGAGCUGAGGUCCCUCACUAGUAGGACCCAGCAAGUUGGGUGCUCCAUGGGCUUCGUGUCCACAGGGUGGAGCUCUGUUCUGAUGAUGGGUUCUGGGGGAACUUGGGCAACAGGUCUGAGGCUGGUGCUGAUGCUCCUUCUCUCUCCACAGUGUGCAGGAGAGGAGAACUGGGUGGACAGUCGGACCAUCUAUGUGGGACACAAGGAGCCCCCUCCAGGCACGGAGGCCUACAUUCCACAGAGAUACCCCGACAACAGAAUCGUCUCCUCCAAGUACACAUUUUGGAACUUCAUACCCAAGAACUUAUUUGAACAAUUCAGAAGAAUAGCCAACUUUUAUUUUCUCAUCAUCUUUGUGGUACAGCUGAUCAUCGACACACCCACGAGUCCAGUGACAAGCGGACUCCCACUCUUCUUCGUCAUCACCGUCACAGCCAUCAAACAGGGCUAUGAAGACUGGCUUCGCCAUAAGGCUGACAAUGCCAUGAACCAGUGUCCGGUGCACUUUAUCCAGCAUGGGAAGCUAGUCCGGAAGCAGAGCCGGAAGCUAAGAGUCGGGGACAUUGUUAUGGUCAAGGAGGACGAGACCUUUCCCUGUGACUUGAUCUUCCUUUCCAGCAAUCGGGCAGAUGGGACCUGCCACGUCACCACCGCCAGCUUAGAUGGAGAAUCCAGCCAUAAAACUCACUAUGCGGUACAGGACACCAAGGGCUUCCAUGCAGAAGAGGACGUGGACGGACUUCUCGCCACCAUUGAGUGCGAGCAGCCACAGCCUGACCUCUACAAGUUCGUGGGGCGCAUCAAUGUUUACAAUGACCAGAACGACCCUGUGGUGAGGCCCCUGGGAUCAGAAAACUUGCUUCUCAGAGGAGCCAAACUCAAGAACACGGAGAAGAUCUUCGGUGUAGCAAUCUACACAGGCAUGGAGACUAAGAUGGCCCUGAACUAUCAGUCGAAGUCCCAGAAGCGGUCUGCUGUGGAAAAGUCGAUGAACACAUUCCUCAUCGUGUACCUUUGCAUCCUGAUCAGCAAGGCCUUGAUAAACACCGUCCUGAAGUAUGUGUGGCAGAGCGAGCCUUUCCGAGACGAGCCCUGGUAUAACCAGAAAACCGAGUCAGAGAGACAGAGGAAUCUGUUUCUCAGGGCCUUCACGGACUUCCUGGCUUUCAUGGUCCUCUUCAACUAUAUCAUCCCUGUGUCCAUGUAUGUCACCGUGGAGAUGCAGAAGUUCCUGGGUUCUUACUUUAUCACCUGGGAUGAAGACAUGUUUGAUGAGGAGACAGGGGAAGGGCCCCUGGUCAACACCUCGGACCUAAAUGAGGAGCUGGGACAGGUAGAGUACAUCUUCACGGAGACGGGCACCCUCACAGAGAACAACAUGGCCUUCAAGGAGUGCUGCAUCGAGGGCCAUGUCCACGUGCCGCACGUCAUCUGCAACGGGCAGGUCCUCCCCGACGCCUCCGGCAUCGACAUGAUCGACUCUUCCCCAGGCGUCAGUGGGCGGGAGAGGGAGGAGCUGUUUUUCCGGGCUCUCUGCCUCUGCCACACCGUCCAAGUGAAAGACGAUGAUCAAAUGGACCAUGGGGAUGGCCCUGGGAAAUCGCCAGACUCAGGGAAGUCCUGUGUGUACAUCUCGUCCUCACCAGAUGAGGUGGCGCUGGUUGAAGGCGUGCAGAGGCUUGGCUUCACGUUCCUGAGGCUAAAAGAUAACUACAUGGAGAUCCUGAACAGGGACAAUGACCUUGAGAGAUUUGAAUUGCUGGAAGUUUUGAGUUUUGACUCUGUAAGAAGGAGAAUGAGUGUGAUCGUAAAAUCUGUUACAGGGGAAAUUUACCUGUUUUGCAAAGGAGCAGACUCUUCCAUAUUUCCCAGGGUGAUCGAAGGCAAAGUGGACCAGAUCCGAUCCAGAGUGGAGCGCAACGCGGUGGAGGGGCUUCGGACCCUGUGCGUUGCCUACAAAAGGCUUAUCCCGGAGGAAUACGAAGGUGUCUCCAAGCUGCUGCAGUCUGCCAAAGUGGCGCUUCAAGACCGGGAGAAGAAACUAGCAGAAGCCUAUGAGCACAUCGAGAAGGAUCUAAUUCUGCUUGGUGCUACGGCCGUGGAGGACCGGCUCCAGGAGAAAGCCGCAGACACCAUCGAGGCACUGCAGAAAGCAGGCAUAAAAGUCUGGGUGCUCACUGGGGACAAGAUGGAGACAGCUGCGGCCACCUGCUAUGCCUGCAAGCUCUUCCGGAGGGGCACUCAGCUGCUGGAGCUGACCACCAAGAGGAUCGAGGAGCAGAGCCUGCACGAUGUUCUUUUUGAGCUCAGCAAGACCGUGCUUCGUUGUAGCGGGAGCCUGACAAGGGACAGCUUCUCGGGACUUUCGACCGAUAUGCACGACUAUGGUUUGAUCAUCGACGGAGCUGCGUUGUCUUUGAUCAUGAAGCCUCGGGAGGAUGGGAGCUCUGGCAAUUACCGGGAGCUGUUCCUGGAGAUCUGCCGGAACUGCAGUGCUGUUCUGUGUUGCCGUAUGGCACCCUUGCAGAAGGCCCAGAUUGUUAAGUUGAUAAAAUUUUCAAAAGAGCACCCUAUCACGUUAGCCAUCGGUGAUGGCGCAAAUGACGUCAGUAUGAUCCUGGAGGCCCACGUGGGCAUAGGUGUCAUCGGGAAGGAAGGCCGUCAGGCUGCAAGGAAUAGUGACUACGCAAUACCAAAGUUCAAGCACUUGAAGAAGAUGCUCCUUGUUCACGGGCAUUUCUAUUACAUCAGGAUAUCUGAGCUCGUUCAGUACUUCUUUUAUAAGAAUGUCUGCUUCAUUUUCCCUCAGUUUUUAUACCAGUUCUUCUGUGGGUUUUCACAACAGACUUUGUAUGAUACUGCAUACCUGACUCUCUACAAUAUCAGCUUCACCUCCCUCCCGAUCCUGCUGUACAGCCUGAUGGAGCAGCACGUGGGCAUCGAUGUGCUCAAGAGAGACCCCACCCUGUACAGAGACAUCGCCAAGAAUGCCCUCCUCCGUUGGCGAGUGUUCAUUUACUGGACAUUCCUUGGCGUGUUUGACGCGUUGGUAUUUUUCUUUGGUGCUUAUUUCAUGUUUGAAAACACAACUGUGACCAGCAACGGACAGAUGUUUGGAAACUGGACCUUUGGGGCACUGGUGUUCACUGUGAUGGUGUUCACCGUCACGCUGAAGCUGGCGCUGGACACACACUACUGGACUUGGGUAAACCACUUCGUCAUCUGGGGGUCACUGCUCUUCUACGUCGUCUUCUCCCUGCUCUGGGGGGGAGUUAUCUGGCCAUUCCUCAGCUACCAAAGGAUGUACUAUGUGUUCAUCCACAUGCUGUCCAGUGGGCCUGCCUGGCUGGGCAUCAUCCUGCUCAUCACGGUCAGCCUCCUCCCGGACGUGCUCAAGAAGGUUCUGUGCAGGCAGCUGUGGCCCACGGCAACAGAGAAAACCCAGAACCUGCAGCUUUGGACCCGGGUCUCAGAAUUCACCCCUCUUGCCUCUUUGCAAAGCCUGGGCUCUCAGAGCCCUGGACUCCUGACCGUCCCACGCGGCUCCCCCUUCAGAAGGCAGCAUGCCUGCUCUGGAGGAGUGAGGAGCACAGGGUGCCCCCACCCUCCCCGGCCUCUCUCACCACUGCUGCAGGUCCAGCACAAGGCUCAGCUGCUGGGGGUCCAGUCUGAAAACCCCGUGUGAUGGACGGACGGUCCCCAACACCAGCACCUAAGGGCCUGUGUGUACGUGUGCUCCGCGCCAUCCCCAAGGAGGAGAGGUGAGGGGCACAGGUCACUUGCCCAGGUGCGGCACACUGCAGUCUGUGUGACAGUUGUCACUUGUCCUGGGACCUGUGGCUGCGCAUCCAGCUGGACUGUCAAAAAGGACAUUUUGCCUGGUCCCAUCUUGUGCACUUCAGCUGCAAGACUGGCCCUCUGCCCAGCCCUGGGCAUCCACCAUCACGUUAGUGUCACUGUCUGCUGUCCCCUGAAGAGAACAGCCGUCCGCUGUUCUGCAGCUUUGUGCAUCCAGUGACUGUCCGGCACUUGGCCACACUGUCGCGUCCUGCUGCUCCAGGCCAUCUGUUUUCCCCAUAAACCCUCUACACUUCUUGUUUGGGAAGUGACCACAUCAGACACUAGACGGCUGUGUCUGUCCCUUGGACCUCGCUCUGAUCGUAUUCACCAUCCACGUCGCAAUGCUGAGCUGCGGUGACCCUGUGUAACAGGGUCCAUGUCCCCAUCCCAUCACCGGCUUCCCUGUGGAGGAAGAGGAGGACACUGUCACAUGUGGACUGGUCCACACUGUUGGCCAAGGCUCUCAGGAGUGUUAUAUAGUCUACUGCCACACAUUGAGGUGACGUGGUCAGCUUACCUGAUUGGGAAACUUUGUUACGUGGCUGACAGGACAAGGUAGUGGUUUGGGGCACCCAGGGCCAAUCUUGUCCUUACCAAGGGUGGCUCCAUCCUCUGAAGCCUACCUCGGGCUGACGUUGGUCCGCUGGUCCCAACAACAGCUCAUCCCACCUCCCACACUGCACAGCCUAAUAGGCGUCUCCUUUUCUGAGCGUUCCUUGCAGGGUUUUAUGUGGGGUGGGUGGACAGUCAGGAGGCUGCUGGACUGCAAAGUCCCUGUCACUACCCAUGUUUCUGUUUCUAGAAGAGUAUCUGGCGUAGCCUUACUGUUCCUAACCCACAGAAGACGUUCAGUGUGAGGCUGAAGCCUCAGACAUGAACACGGAGGCCUUUCAGAAAGAUCCAACCCGUGGCUGGAGGAAAAGCCAGCACUCUGCAGGCUUAUGCCAUGGGCCGGGGUGAGUGGGAAGGGAUGCAGGUCUGUCUCCAAGUCCUUGAGAGCAGAUGUGCUGAAGUGCGGAAUUUGCAGUUUGCUCGUAUGCGAUCUCACCUGUGAAGUACUUAUUUGACAGCAAGAACGGAGCGCGGAGGUGGGGUGAGCGAGGGGAGAAACAGCACCACACCAAAGAUGAGGGUAAUGGCGCUUGGCCGAGCACAGACAGAGAAGACCACGCAGCCCUGAGCUGAGGGUGGGCUCCUCGGCUCCGGCCACCCCUCAGCGCCCACCACCUCGCUGUCAUUGUCAGGUGGUGUCACCUCCUCCACAUGUGGCAGGCAGCUUGUGCUUGGCGCCCCGGUCCACACUAACCCCACAAACAAUGGUGUGUGCAUUUUUACAGCCCCUUCUAAGAACCCAAAGUGGGUUCGAUUUUAACACCUGUAUGGGGACAGAUUCUCUGUAUGUUUAGUUAACAAAUUAUUUGUAACGUAUUUUUUUAGGAAUCUUCAAAUUGCCUUUGCACUGAAGUAUUUUCAUAGCUGUUUAUAUUUCUUAUUCAUUUGCUAAUGCAUCUUCUAAUUUUUAAAGUAUGUUUUUAAAGCUUUCAUUUUUUAAGUUGAUGAAAAGUUGACCACUUCACAUUUAAAUUCUGGCGAGAGUUUGGCUGAAUGUUGGCUCUCUGAUGAAUGUGACUUUUCUCUCUGUGUCUUGCUAUUUCUGGAGUCUGAUCGGCAGAAGGGCACGUUAAGAGCACAUUUUCUCUGCUUUUCGUCGCAGUCCUUUGCGAUUUCGUGUGUUUUUUAAUUUCCUGCAGCCUUAAAAACAGAAGAUUCUUGCUCGAGGGCUCAGCACCCCCGAUCCCGCCCUGGGUGGGGACAGGACAUCUUUACUGCUGAGACCUCAAGUCUCAGCAUGAAGGCACCAAACUCGGACAUUUAGGAACUUGGUUGAGAAAUUAUUAAAUAAAUGCCUAAUAAUUUGAAACAGACAAGGGGCACGAAAUUUAAAAAAAAAAAAAAAGGGAAGGAAGAACCCCAA